AUGACUGAGACGGAGAGUGAAAAUGGCCUCAAGGUUCAAAACCAGGAAGUUCCUGAGUCAGACACAAUUGCAUAUAUCAGACGUCUCAUUGUGUUUAUUGUAGCACUCACAGUAUUGGGCUUAGGUUAUCCAGUUUUGCAAUUUACAACAGCCAUAUACAGAGCAGACUUGCCGGUAGAUGAAAUCACAAGUUUGGCCAGCACAUUACACAACGACAUUCUGUUCAAAAUCCCCGUCUAUUUAGACAUACCGACCACGUUAGACGUCUUUAUUCCUGAUUCUCAGGAGAAGUUGAACCAAUUUGUCAACUCCAAGUAUCCAGAACUUGCUAAUUUUUGGUCGCUCGACUUGAAAAAAAUCACACCUGGCAUUGAUCCGGAAAUUGACUAUGUCGUGAAACUUGUUCAAGAUGAAAAUGAAAAUGGAGACGAUGCUGUUGAUAUGUCUCCAUUUUCAAAGGAAACUACGUUGAAAGUGUCGCAGAAUUGGAUAGACUCUAAGUUGGUGGACCAGGUUUUGUCUUCAGUACUUGUAGACAUGGUUUUCAAAGAGGAAAUAUCUGAAUUAGUGUCUAUUAUCAACAAUAGGGCCAAAGAGUUGGAUAAAAACAUUGUUGUUCCAUAUUCACCGAACUACAAUUUAGUCUUUUCUCUACUUGUAGAAAAUGGUAGAACUGUCAAGUGGGAUAUUGAGACUGCUCUCAAGCAAAUGAAACCAUUCUUAAACAAAUUGACCCACUACACCAACUUCUCUAUCAGCACUCAGGUUCAGUACUACUCUAAGACUGAAAAACCUGUGGUGUUUGACGAGAAGAAAAAUGCUUACAUUUUGAAGGAAUCAGAUUUGUCAACUUUCAUCAACUUUGGUGACUGGAAUUUGAACACACAUGAUAUGGAUCCUUCUAUUAACUUCUUGGUCUACUUCCCAGAAUCUAAUUACGAAAACAAGCCUUGGGUGAUUGACCACUUGGAUAACGGUGCCUUUUUGGUGAAGCAAUGGGGUGGUGUAUACAUUUUCAAUAAGGAAAAGCCGAUUCUUGAAGGAUAUGAUGUCAACAUUACUGAGUUGGAAUUGAUCCCAAUAUUGGAAAUUUUUACCUCUCAGCUUUUCCAGUUACUUGGCUUGGCCACGUUUCCCAAGUCACCCUCUAUGAGAGUCGAUACCUUGACAAGAUUGACCUUAUUUAAAAAUUUGAAAAAAACAUUGGAAAACUUACAUUCUCUUGUCAAGCUCACAGUUUCAUUGAAUGAAAUAUCUAUUCCAGAUGAAACUAAAGAACAUGUCUUGAAGUCUAUCGAAUUGGUUAAGUUGGCCAUUAGCGAAAUUAACCAAAAACAAAACUACCAUAAUUCCAUGACCAUAUCAUCAAAGGCUUUAACGAUUUCUGACAGAGCCUUCUUUGACAAAGAAAUGGUCCAGCAAGCGUACUUUCCAAAUGAACAUAAGAUGGCGGUCUUCUUGCCCCUCCUUGGGCCUGUCACUUCUAUUUUGGCCAUAGCGUUAAUCAAGAUCUUAGUUAGUUUCAAAACAGGGUUGAAAAAAAAGAAGGCCGAUUAA